GUAUCCAAGAAUGCGGCGAAUCCAUGCACGUCGUACGUAAGAUGUAACAAAUUACGGCUGCCUGUAUAGGUGUGUGUGUGCGUGUGUAAACUGUAAACGUUCCUCAGCAGUUUUCCACUUCUCGCCCGUGUCAGUGGUCGUGAUGUUUCUAAAACAAUGAAAAAAUAACAAAGAAUGAAAGAAACGGGGAAUCCGGUGAUAUGAGUUAUGCAGUGACAACCCACACGUACCGUAAUACGAUAGAGUUUAACCUCAAUUUGACACUUUGCAUUAUCGGAGCGAACAAUUGAACUGUUGAUAAGAAAUAUAAAGAAACAAGUUGAAGCUUAUUAUUAGUGAUUGGAUAGAUGAGUCUACAGGACAGCCUCUUUGCUGAGGAGAUUGAGAACGACGUGACGCUUUUUUCAGAACAGAAAGGAGCCAGGCGAGUUUUAAUUUUCCCACCAGUGAACAACUACCGGCGUUUUCUCAUCCAUCAAAUUGUUCAGGACAAUUUCUCGGAUCACUUGAGCACAUUCUCCAUUGGCCAAGGCUCAAUUAGGCGCACAGUCGUGUGCUACAAGUCGGACGUAAUCCGAGACCCAAAAUUGAACGGUGUGGUAUCGCCGAAGGGCAGUGACUCUUCGUCGAGGAUGAGGGUCGAGAACAGACGCUCGCCGUCAGCUUCACCGGAUAAUUUACGUCAGCGACAAGUGAGAUCCACACCUGCUGUCGAGAUAUAUCGUCCACCAGCGGCACGACGGGGUCAAAACGGCACAUCUCCGAGUGUGAGCACGACCGCGGAAUCCGCUACUGCGAAAACAAGACAGAAAAGGCCAGAUCGUGCUAUGUACGUUCCAAAGCAUCGUCGAAGUACAGAAGCUGAAGGGAAUCUUCAGCUGCAAGAAGAGACACCUUCAAUACGACCGAAAAACGAACGUAGUAUCAGAAACCCAAAUACAGGGAAUCCUUCAGAAUCUCCUCAAAUAAAGCAACAAGGCUCUGAAGAGAGUCUGAAAAUAUCAAAUGAUUCAUCGGCUCACAAAGAAUUCUCUCACGAAUCUUCGUCACAGCCUCCACAACUCCCAAUGGAUCUCCAGGAUGGACUGAUUAUCGAAAACAACCAAAAUACUGAUCAAAAUGAAUUCCACAAUCGGAGCAAUGGGCAUUGCGACCCGGAAGUGCCAUGUGAUACACCGAAUAUUGAUGUGACACUGGAAAAUAUUUCGGAAGUGAAAAAAACUGAGAAAGUCCUUAAUAGCAGAAAAGAAACAAGUUCACCGCGUAAUUUAGUGUCUGACGUGUUGAUAAUAUCGACUAGUGAGAGUUCGCCAUCGAGGAAAAUUAUUCAGGAGGAAGUACCGACUAUUCGACUACCGGAAAAGAAACUCAAGAAGGUGGCGAGGGCUAAAAGUAAACCUGCUUCACCGCCGUCGCCUCCGGCCAAAGUGAAUCGUGAUGAGUGUGACUGGGACAGUUUGUUUGAUGACAAUGGGGAAUGUUUGGAUCCAACGUUAAUUGAAGAGUUAACAGCUGCAGUUGGAGAAGUAACGAUAGAGCAACCAAAAAAUGACUACAAAGCGUUCAGCAGACCUUUCGAGGUCUCCAGCGACGAAUUUGCUCAUGUGAUUGAAAUCUACAAUUUUCCUUCUGAUUUCAAAACUAGUGACCUUGCAGCGGUAUUCAGCACCUUCAAAAAUGGAGGGUUCGAACUCAGGUGGGUCGAUGAUACCCACUGCCUUGGAGUAUUCAGCAGUCCGCUUGUCGCUGCUGAAGUACUAGCGUCAGAUCAUCCGUUCGUAAAGACACGCCCACUCAAUGAAGCGUCUGCACUCAGUAAGACCAAGGCGAGGAGGAGUGCUGAAUUUAUGCAGCCGUACAGAAGCAGACCUGAGACGUGUGCUGCUUUGGCCCGGCGUUUGGUUACUGGUGCACUUGGAGUAAGAUUAGCCACUGCGAGACAGGAGAGAGAGCAUGAAAAAGUUGUUCUCCGAGAGGCUAAAGGUAAAAAUAGCAACCUUCGAUAUUAUAAGUUAUAA